CUGAUCUUGUGGCGUGCAGUAAUACAACGCUUUGAUUAAGUGCAAGUUCAAUAGGAGACGCUGUAACAUGGUGAAGAAUCGUCGUUUCGAGGAUGAAAGUUCCGGAUUUGGAGUACGUCAUGUGCAAAUCUUUCUGCUCUUCUGCGCUCUCACAGUGGGCUUUGGAAUGCGAGUGAAUCUCUCAGUGGCCAUUGUGGCAAUGGCUGAGCACCCAGAGUACAAAUGGUCGGAGACAACAACGUCAUUGAUAAUGAGCAGCUUUUUGUGGGGAUAUGUCUUCCCCCAGAUCCCUGCAGGUACUUUGGCUCGUCGAUUCGGUGGCAAAGUAACAAUUUUGACAGGCUUGACUAUCUGCUCCAUCCUCACUGUGCUGACACCGCUGUGCAUUAAAAUGGGAGGCUGGAAGCUGCUUUGUGGUGUGCGCUUACUGAUGGGACUCUGUCAGGGAUUUCUUUUCCCAUCCUGUCACACAGUGGUUUCGGCUUGGGUGCCUCCCAAAGAAAGAGCCUCGAUGGGCAACUUUACCUAUGCUGGCAAUCAAUUUGGCUCCAUCGUUAUGUUAGCCGUAAGUGGACUUCUUGCCUCGGUGGGAGGUUGGCCCUGCAUCUUCUAUGUUCCCGGAGGAGCUGGCUGCAUUUGGGCAGUUGCUUAUUAUGUGUGGGGCGCCAGUUCGCCAGCCGACUGCAAGAACAUAUCCCCUGAGGAGAGAGAACUUAUCGAAGUGCAGCAGGGCGUGGCACGAAGUGUGGAUACAGAGGAGCCUGUCAAGCAGAAGACACCCUGGCUGAGUUUCAUCACAUCUCCUGCCGUUCUGGCUCUAGUAACUGCGCAAUCUGCCUAUGCUUAUGGAUUUUGGACAUUGCUUACACAGAUUCCCACCUACAUGAGGCAUGUCCUGGGUAAGGAUAUUAAGUCGAACGCUCUACUCUCCUCGCUUCCAUAUACCGCCAUGCUGUUGUUGAGCUUCGUCUUUGCCUGGCUCUCGAAGAUAAUGCAGAGAAAGGAUUCAAUCUCACUGUCAUUCAACCGCAAGUUCUUCAACUGUAUUGGCACCUGGGGUCCAUCGGCUACGCUGAUAGCUCUGGGAUACGUAACAAAAGAACACGAUUCUCUGGCCGUCGUCCUGAUCAUCUUUACUGUGGGGAUAAGCUCUGCUGGCCACGUGGGUUUUCUGAUCAAUCACAUUGAUUUAUCGCCCAAUUAUGCUGGCAUUAUAAUGGGUAUUUGCAAUUGCGUCGCCAAUUUAGUGGGUCUUGUCGCGCCACUUUUAGUCGGAGCUAUAGUCACCGAUAAACAAGAUGUGCAUCAGUGGCGAAUUAUCUUCUUUGUUGCCGCUGCGGUCUACUUCAUCGGCAACAGUAUCUUCAUUAUCUUUGGACGAACCAAUGUGCAGCCUUGGAAUGAUCCAUCUUCAAAGCUGUCAAGGAACUCAACUCCCGAGUUGGAAUCACAAAAGGAGUGAACACUUAUCUCUAUUUAAAAACUCUAAUUAGGUUAUUCCAAUAUCUGUGUCUAACUAGUUAUAUAAGAGAUAAAUAAUAAAUCAAUAAC